AUGCAGACAAUAUGUUCGAUGAUAUUCCUCUUAGUGAUAAGCGUUUCAGGUUUCUCCGACUUUGAGGCUCUUUUGGAGCUGAAGAAAGGGAUACAAAGAGACCCUUCUGGUAAAGUGUUUACUUCUUGGGAUGCAAAGGCUUUAUCUUCUGACAAGUGUCCUCAAAAUUGGUACGGAGUUGCUUGUGACAGUGGAUAUGUUACAUCCAUUGAUUUGAAUGGUUUAGGUCUGCUUGGGAAUUUCAGUUUCCCAGUCAUUGUUAGUCUCCAAAUGCUUCAAAACCUGUCGAUUUCCAGUAAUCAGUUCGCUGGAACUCUCUCCAAGAUUGGUUCUUUCAAGUCUCUAAAGCACUUGGAUGUGUCUGGUAACAUGUUCCGUGGCUCGUUACCUUCUGGGAUUGAGAAUCUGAGGAAUCUUGAGUUUGUGAAUCUCUCUAGUAACAGUGACUUGGGAGGAGUGGUUCCUUCUGGUUUUGGGAGUCUUGAGAAGUUGAAGUUCCUUGAUUUGCAAGGCAAUGGUUUCUCAGGGGAAGUCAUGAGCUUGUUCUCGCAGCUAAACAGUUUAGAGUAUGUAGACAUAAGCAGGAACAAGUUCUCUGGUUCGUUAGAUUUGGGUCUCGCAAGGCCGAGCUUUGUUUCCUCGAUCAAAUACCUGAGCGUGAGUGAGAAUUCUCUAACGGGACAGCUGUUUGCUCAUGACGGCAUAUCGUUCUUCGAUAGCUUAGAGGUGUUUGAUGGUAGCAGUAAUCACUUGUCUGGCUCUCUUCCUCUCUUCAGCUUUGUUGUCUCUCUCAAGAUCCUCCGGUUACAAGCCAAUCAAUUGUCAGGUACUAUACCACAGAGUCUUCUACAAGAGAGUUCAACGAUCUUAACCGAGCUAGAUCUCAGCCACAAUCAACUUGAAGGCUCUGUUGGAAGUAUAACCUCUUCAACACUAAGGAAACUCAAUUUGUCUUCAAAUAGACUUACCGGGUCAUUACCUCUGAAGGUAGGGCGUUGUGCGGUUAUUGAUUUAAGUAACAAUAACAUCUCAGGAGAGUUCUCAAGGAUACAGAGUUGGGGAGAUUCUGUAGAAAUCAUCCGGUUGAGUUCAAACUCACUCAGUGGAACAUUACCUGGCCAAACUUCUCAGUUCUUGAAGCUGACUUCACUAGAGGCUGCUAACAACUCGUUGCAAGGAGCUCUACCAUUUGUUUUAGGAACUUAUCCUGAGCUCAAAGGGAUUGAUCUCAGCCACAACCAGCUUAGUGGAUUCUUACCGAGAAAUCUGUUCAUGUCUGAAAAGUUGACGGAUCUCAACCUGUCAAGCAAUAACUUCUCUGGUUCAGUUCCUCUUGGAGAUGCAACUACUGCAGGAAACCUGAGCUUGACUAGUAUUGAUCUGUCACAUAACUCUUUAGGUGGGUUUCUAUCAGAGGAACUAACUCGGUUCCGGAAUUUGGUUUCUCUUGACCUCUCUUAUAACAACUUUGAAGGGAAUAUCCCUGAUGGCCUCCCUGAAAGCCUAAAGGUAUUCAUUGUCUCUGCUAAUAACCUCUCUGGGAAUCUACCGGAGACUCUUAGACGGUUUCCAGAUUCAUCGUUUCAUCCAGGGAAUGCGUUACUGAUUGUCCCUGUCUCUGCAGAAACACCAAAAGAUGAAGCAGGUGUGACCUUAGGAAAGCAUGGUAGUCAUAUGAAAUCUUCCAUAAAGGCAGCUUUGAUUAUAGGCUUGGUCGUUGGUGUUGCUCUGCUUGCUCUUGUCUUUGCGUUGUUAUAUUUUAUGCUGAAGAAGCAACAUGAUGAUGAAGAGAGGAUUGAUGUCACUGGAGAGAAGACCAGUCUGCAAAAAUCUGAGCCUUCUCCUUCCAAUGUACAAGAAACUGAAGCUUCCUCUUCUGUUACCUCUACUCCUACAAUCAAGUCAAAGCAACCGGUUAGCGACUCUGAGAAUUCUUCAUCAUUGAGAAAAGGUGAAAGCUUGUCAUCAUCCAAAGUUUCUCUGGUAUCUUCUUCUUCAACCCCAUCCAUGUCAAAAAUCAAGAACUCACCAGAUGAUAAUCCAAGGCCUCGCCAGACUUCUGUGAAACUAGAUGGGAACCUGUACAUUUUCGACAGCUCUCUUACGCUCUCAGCAGAGGAACUCUCUCGUGCUCCAGCUGAAGCUAUCGGAAGAAGCUGCCACGGAACGCUGUACAGAGCAGUGCUCAGUUCUGGUUCUGUGUUAGCAGUCAAAUGGCUGAGAGAAGGGACUGCUAAAGGCAAGAAGGAGUUUGCAAGGGAAUUAAAGAAACUUGGGAACAUCAAUCACCCAAAUCUUGUUUCUCUUCAGGCUUACUAUUGGGGACCUAAAGAACACGAGAAGCUCAUCAUUUCAAGAUACAUUGAUGCACCUUGUUUAGCUUUCUAUCUCCAAGAAGCUGGACAGCUAAGCCUCCCACCAUUGUUGCUUGAAAACCGUCUGAAGAUAACUCUGGACAUAGCCAGUUGUCUUAGUUACCUGCACAACGAGGAAGCAAUACCUCACGGGAAUCUGAAAUCAACAAAUGUUCUCCUGAAGCCUCCUGAGCUCACUGCGCUGCUAACAGAUUACAGUCUUCACCGGUUAAUCACACCGGAAGCAACAUCAGAGCAAGUCUUGAACGCAGCCGCUCUCGGCUACUGCCCUCCAGAGUUUGCCAGCUCGAGUAAACCGUACCCUUCCCUGAAAAGCGACGUGUACGCCUUUGGUGUCAUUCUGUUGGAGAUUCUAACGGGAAAAGUGUCAGGAGAUAUAGUUUGCAGUGAUCCAGGAGUCGUUGAACUCACUGAAUGGGUUGUGAUGCUUGUGAAACAGAACCGCGCAGCAGAGUGUUUCGAUCCAUGCAUUAUCGAGUCACAAGAAGGUGGAUCAAGGAAAGCUUCUAGAGUUGUUACUGAUGUUCUGAAGAUUGCUCUGAGCUGUAUAUCUCCGGCACCGGAGAGACCGGACAUGAAGUCAGUCUCUGAAGAGCUGUUCAGAGUUGUUCUCAAAAGAACAAAGUAG